AUGGUGUUGGCCGAAGGCAUAUCAAAAAUACACUCAUUCAUAGGCACCCACAAAGAUACAACAAGGCAGCCAAGAAAAGAUGAAAUUGAUGGAAAACAUUACUAUUUUGUCUCCAAUGAUUCAAUGCUUACUGAUAUUCAAGCAAAUGAAUAUUUGGAAUAUGGAACACACGAGGAAUGCAUGUACGGUACAAAAUUGGAAACAAUUCGUAACAUUCAUAGGACAGGAAAGAUAGCUAUUUUAGAUGUCGAACCACA